AUGGGUGGUUUGUUAGCAAGGUUGACCUUGUGGAAAAGCCUUGUAGUCAUAGGCCUGUUUUUGAAUUUGGUAGUCAACAUUGAAAACCCCCAACUCUUGUUUAAGAGACGGGGGCAGUCCCAACCGUCAUCCAUUGUCAAUGACAACCACAGCAGCAACCGCACGAAUCUGAGCCACAUAGCCUUUGGCAUGAUUGGGUCGGUGAAAACAUGGCCCCAACGGCGGGGGUAUCUGGAGGCGUGGUGGCGGCCAAAUAAAACCCGCGGCUACGUGUUCCUAGACGAGGCCCCGCCCCCAGAGCUCCUUCCGUGGCCAUCCACAGCCCCUCCCUACAGGGUUGCGGACGACCUCUCUGGGUUGUUCCGGGCGAUAACGGACCCCAGGGUGGCCCAGAUGGUGCACGGGAUCCUGGAGCUGGUGCGGGAGGAGGGGGACGGGGUGAGGUGGGUGGUGAUGGGAGACGACGACACGGUGGUGUUCUUGGACAACAUAGUGGAUGUACUGGCGGAUUUGGAUCAUAACAAGUACUACUAUCUGGGGUGGCAUUCGGAGACUAUGAUGUCGAACUAUUGGUUGUCGUUCGAGCAGGCGUUCGGGGGAGGAGGGACGGUGAUGAGCUACCCAUUGGCGAGGGCGGUGGCGGCGGACAUGGAUGGGUGCCUUGCUAGGUAUGCGGACGGGUAUUGGUCGGAUUUGAUAACCAUGAGGUGCAUUGCAGAUGUUGGAGUGAACCUCACACCUCAUAAAGGGCUUCACCAGGUUGAUUUACUAGGAGACUUCUCCGGUUAUCUCUCGGCCCAUCCCAAAGUCCAUCUCGUGACUCUCCAUCACUUUUGCACAAUGGAUCCACUAUUCCCUUCCAUGGAUCGCAUCCAAUCCACGCGCCACCUCUUCAAGGCGGGGGACGUGGACCAGUCCCGCUUGCUUCAACAGACCAUCUGCUACCACAAGAAAACCAAUUGGUCUGUGUCGAUAUCAUGGGGCUAUUCCGCACAAAUAUACGAGGGAAUAAUGCCGCGGAGCUACCUGCAAAUUCCCAUAGAAACGUUCACGCCGUUGGCAAAAGGGCGCGGGCCCCCCUUCUACAUGUUCAACACACGCCCAAGGUCCGAGGAUCCUUGCGAAAAGCCUCAUUUCUUCUUCCUACAAUCCGUUUCCAACGCCUCUCCUCAAAUCCUUACAACCUAUACACGUGCCACCCCUCGGGGCUUGCCACCUUGCAACCACUCUGUCUCUGCUGAUUCUAUUACUACUAUUCAAGUUACUUCGCCGCCAAUAAAGCGUAUCCAGAUUGAUAGAUGUGAAUGUUGUGAUAUUGUUCGGAUGGACCGUGUGAAACUGGAAGUCGGAUUUAGGGAAUGCAACAUUGAUGAGAUCAUAGCUUAA